UAAGGAUCCUUUGUUUAAUUUUUGUAACGAAAAAUCCGAGAGUGCAACCCCGGAAAAACCAACCUUUUGUCCAAUCACAGAAUCCAUUGAUUCCUUCUCUCUACUCUUUCGCUUUCAAAAGAUUGACAUUGUCAAGCUCAGUGGAUUUUCCUUUUAUGUUCAUAAAUUUGCAGCUCCGGUUCAUCAAGAAUAAUGGAGAAGGUGGCGAAUAGGAGCCACUUGACACAGCUUGUUUUCUGGCUAGUAAUGACCAUUGAGUUAUUACUCUUUCUAUCUGCUUCUUCUGAACAACUUUCAGCCAGAAAACUCCUAAGAGGUGACACCACUGACCCUCUUCAAGUCCAGCUGGAAACAAGUGAUGAUAACAGAGUGGUUAUUGAUAAUGGUCUUGUUCAAGUCACCAUCGGAAAUCCAAAUGGUUAUCUGAUAGGAUUAAAAUAUAAGGGAUUUGAUAAUGUGCUUGAAAGUAGAAACAAGGACCAAAAUAAAGGGUACUGGGACAUUGUCUGGGAUGACAAUGCAAUUGACAAAAUAGAAACAGAACAAUUCAAGGUCAUAACACAAACUGACGAUUUAGUGGAGCUUUCCUUUAGCAAAACUUGGAAUUAUACAACAGACUAUCGCAAGGCAGUUCCCUUAAACAUAGACAAAAGGUACAUAGUCCGCCGAGGCGUUUCCGGGGUCUACAUGUACGGUAUCUUCGAGCGCCUGGCAGAAUUUCCAGCUGCUCAAAUGUAUCAAAUAAGGAUUGCUUUCAAACUCCAGGAAGACAAGUUUCGGUUCAUGGCGUUAUCAGACACCAGACAAAGGGUCAUGCCUAUGGGACGAGAUCGAAACUCUGAUCGCAGUCAGACUCUUGCCUUCAAAGAAGCUGUUCUAUUGACCAAUCCAACCGAUCCAAGACUUAGAGGAGAGGUUGAUGACAAGUACCAAUAUUCUUGUGAAAACAAAGAUAACAAGCUUCAUGGGUGGAUAGCCGAAUCCGACGAUAAUCCAGCCGUGGGUUUCUGGGUAAUCACCCCCAGCAAUGAGUUCCGUACUGGUGGCCCUCACCAUCAGGACCUCACUUCUCACGCUGGUCCCACCGCUCUCUCCAUGUUUGUUAGUACGCAUUAUGCCGGAAAGGAUAUAGAAACAUCUUAUAACGAAGGAGAGCCUUGGAAAAAGGUCUUUGGUCCUGUUCUAAUCUAUCUUAAUUCUGCUUCAGAAGAUGCUCGCAAGACACUCUGGGAAGACGGGAAACGCCAGUUGAAUCAAGAAAUUGAAAGCUGGCCGUACAAUUUCACCGGAUCAGAAGAUUUUCCUAAUGCUGAUGGACGAGGAAAAGUUAGUGGUCAAUUACUAGUGCGAGACCGAUACAUGGAUAAUGACUUGAUGCAGGCGCAAUCUGCCUUUGUGGGGUUGGCACCACCUGGUGAGGCAGGAUCAUGGCAAACAGAAGGAAAGGGCUAUCAAUUCUGGACUCAAACCGACCAGAAUGGCCGUUUCAAAAUAGAAAAUGUUCGACCAGGGGAGUAUAAUUUGUAUGCAUGGGUCCCUGGUUUCAUUGGAAACUACAAAUCAGAUCCCAACAUUACUGUCGAACCAGGAAAUGACAUCAACUUGGGUACUCUUAUAUAUGAUCCUCCAAGAAAUGGUCCGACAUUGUGGGAAAUCGGGAUUCCUGACCGGACAGCUGCCGAGUUCUACGUACCGGAUCCAUACCCAACACUUAUGAACUCAAUAUGCAUAGAUGACGUGGACAGAUAUAGACAAUACGGAUUGUGGGAACGCUACUCAGAUAUUUAUCGUCACGGUGAUCUUAUCUACACUGUGGGCGUUAGUAAUUAUUCUCGGAAUUGGUUCUAUGCUCAUGUUACCAGGGAUGGAGGGAACAGUACAAAGCGGCCAACCACAUGGCAGAUUAAGUACAAUCUCGAAGAUGUGAGCGAGACAGGAAAUUACACUCUCCAAUUGGCCUUGGCAUCAGCUUCUUAUGCUGAAGUACAGGUUCGAUUCAACGAUCCAGAUUCUGAUCGAGCUUAUUUUACAACGAGGCUAAUAGGCAGCGAUAAUGCCGUAGCUAGGCAUGGAAUUCAUGGAUUAUACAGAUUGUAUAGUAUUAUUGUGCCUGGUAAUCAAUUUCAGAAAGGGGAAAAUACAAUCUUUCUAAGUCAGACAAGAAGCACGGGCGCAUUCGACUCAGUAAUGUAUGACUACAUUCGAUUAGAAGGACCAACAAAUUAAUCAAUUAGUCAAUAUACAAAUAGAUGAUAGUUGAUAUUCUUUCUGGCUGUAAUUUUUUUAUAGGCGUUGCGAGUAAAUUUUGAUUCAAGCCUGAUUGUGGCUUAUAUGCAUAGUAAGUUAGUACGUCAAAGGCGAAAUUAAAGCAAAAAUGUGGUUCAAUUAA